GGAGGUGUGGGUUAAAUUGCCCUAACGAGUGUUUCCCUUAAAGAUAUCGACGGAAACACCAGAUCAUGGCACUGUGCGAUCCGAUGCCGAAUUCGACGUUGCGCGAUCGCGACGAGCCUGUCCGACCCCUCGCCUGGGCGCUCGUCGUCGUUGUCUUCCUCUCGGACAUCCUGUAUGCUGGACUCAUCUUCGGUUGGGCUCCGCUCCUCCUUCUCCUCCAUGAAGAAGAUCAGUACGGCGAACUCUGCCAAGGUGCGACUAGCGCCACACGUUGCAGCGCACAAGAUAGCCGACUCAACAUGGUGUACGCGAUUGCAUCCGUCGCCACCAACAUCAGCUCGCUGCCCGUCGGGUGCAUGCUUGAUUAUUUUGGCCCCAAGUGCUCCAUUGCAGUUGCUGCUGUGUUUGAGAUCUCGGGACUGUUUCUUCUCGGCGCUGCAGACUCCAAGACGUUUGACGUUUUCCUGAUUGCGUACACAUUCUUAGCAAUUGGCGGAUGCAUCACGAUGAUGGCAUCGUACCCGGCAAGCUUCCUCGUUCUGUCUAGACAAACGGCGAUUCUUGCGGCCAUUUCGUGCCUGUUUGACUCAAGCAGUGUGGUCCUUCUCGCCAUGUACACGAUCCACUCUUCAUUUGGAUUCACGCGGCAUCAAAUCUUCUUUUUCUACGGGUGUGCGUCCAUUUGGAUGUAUGCGCUACUCCUUGGGUUGUGGCAAGUGAACGAGCGCUACCUGCCCGAUCAGUCGGAGGCCGAGACAACGGCUGCUGCGACUUUGGCCCAGACGAAAGACAUUACGUUCACAUCGCCGCUGUUGCAACCCAUCGCACGACGCCAUAGCAUGCGGGAUUCCAUUGAAAAGUACGGCACCCUAUCGGAAGACGAGCUCAUCGAGGGAAAGCCUCUGUCCGACGUCAUUCAGCUACACAAGGCGGCCACGGUCGGCCAGACACUGUUGUCGGACUUUCCACUCACGAAACAAAUCCAAACGUUUGAGUUUGGGUUUCUUUUGGCGUACUCGAGCGUGCACGUGCUGCGAGCGAAUUUGUACAUUGGCACGAACAACAAGCUCCUCGAGGACUACGGCGAUGCCGCCACGAACCACUUUUACACGAAACUCUUUAGCUUCACUCUUCCCCUCGGAUUUCUCUUUGUGCCGUUCAUCGACUACUUUGUCGAAAAGAAGGGGCUCGCCACUUCAUUGCACAUCGCGACCGGCCUUGGCGUCGUAUACAACACCCUGGCCAUGCUCCCAAUUCUUCCUCUCCAAGCGGUUGUCUUCUUCACCUUUACGGGCUUUCGAGCGUUCUUGUACGCAGCGAUCUCGGCAUUUGCCGCCAAGAUCUUUGGCCUUGCAAACCUUGGCAGGGUCGUGGGCAUCACCUUCACUUGUGGCUCGAUCGUGAGCUUGCUCCAAAUCCCCGCGGUUGCGUAUGCGAAUGAAGUGGGCAAUCAUGCCCUCGUGUACGGCCUCUCGACAGCUCUCUGCGUCGCUCUCGUCCCACUCACAGAAUGCUACCGGUACCGCGCAGCGCAGCGGAUGAAGCGUCAGGCUAUAGUUUGGAAAGCGCUAGGAGAAGACGAGACUAUGAUGCUGUCCCCAGUCAAGGGGCUGCAGUACCGCCGAUCGCCGUGCUUACCUUCGCCGGUGGCACGGCAACGUGCUUUGUCCAAGCACGACAGUCUGCCAUGACGAGCCGUAAAGGCAUCGAGAGAUGUGUAGAAGUAUGCGAGAUAACAUUCGACUCGUGUUUUGAUGGUUAGAAAUAACUUAAAGAUCGCUCGUGCGAUGCGAUACGUAGUCCUCAUGAUGGCGAGAUGACGUUCGCACAGGUCGGUGAUCGUCGCAGCUAGUGCGACCAAACGCGCCGGUCGAAUGCGACGGGGGUUCCGUAGCGCUCCGCGUCAAGAUCACCUGCGCUCCAUUGAGCGUGUUCAACAUGGGCAACGUCGCAGAAUGCUCGAUACUGCGUCGGCUUACAAUCAAUUCGCUGCCCAGCGUGGCUUGAACGUUCUCAAACUUGCGCAUGAUGCGCGACUUGGUGGGCUUGACAUUGGAGCUGGCGGCAUAGAUUGGGUCGUCGUCGUCGACGAGGGAGUCCAUUGAGACCUGGGAGCAGUAUCUGAGCUUGAGGGUUUCUCGGAUGUGCUCUUGGUUGCAUGACAGGGAUGCCAGCGCAGCCGUCGACGCUGCCGUCGACCCCAUAAUUGUACCACACGCGAAAGUGG